AUGUCUCGUUCUACAUUCCUGACGACAACACCGUCGUCAUUUGACGCAAGUGAGACGCCAUCUCAUCCUACAACAACAACAACAAAUGCAAAUCCAGAUCGUACAACGACUCUUCGUUUUCAUCAUCGUUUAAUGCCAACAAUUGCAACAAGUAAUCGAUCAAAUGAAACAUUACCUAUUGUUGUUGUUCAAUCAUCACCAACAUCAUCUGAUUUAUUAACACCAUCAUCAACAACAACAAAUAAUAUUCAACAUAAAUCUGUUGUACGUCUCAAUCCAAAAAUGAAAAGACAUUUAAGAGAUAAACGUCGAUCAACUGGUAUUCGACCAGAUGAGGUGUCAUUAGCAAAUACAACUAAUGAUAUACUUUAUGAUGAGGAUGAUGAAGAGGAGGACAAAUCAAGUACAUGCAAUCAAUUUCUCACAAUCACUAGUAAUGAACCCAGUGAAUCUUUCGAUCAUAAUCGAACAAGUCCUCCAAAACCGGUGUUUAAAGUUAGUCGAGUGCAACCAACAUUCGACGAAAAUUCUCGUCAUGCAUUUGAAAAAUUAACAAUCAAUCGUACAGAUCCUUUUGUAAUGACAUCAUCACCAUCACCAUCACCAUCACCAUCAAAUAUAUUUUCUAAUACACAAACAGUAAUGUUUCGACCUGAAGAAUUUAUUCUACGUCGGCAACCAUCCGAUGAAGAUCCUUCAACAAAAAUACGUCGACAAUUUGAAGAACGUAUUUGUACACUUGAAUCACUUGUCCGUGAUAAAGAUUCAAUUAUUCUUGAUUUACAACGUCAACUUGAUAAAACUACAAGAGAUUUAAAUGAUGCCGAACAACAAAUAUAUAUUUUACAAAGAGAUAAAUUAACAUUAAUAAAAACUUUAACAACAUUACAAGAUACAAAAUCUUCAUCAGGAACAGUUGGCGGAGGAGGAGGAACUGGAGCAACAACAGGAGGAGACAUUCGAACAUCACCAAAACGAACUGGUAUUUUUUCAACGAAUAAUCUUUGUCGAUUAAUUGAAUUUAAUAUACCACAAGGUUUAUUAACAUUUCAUAUGAAUGAUAUAGAAGAAAAAUUAUUUUAUAAAACUGAUUAUAUUUGUCAAAAUAAACCAAUAUUUCAUUCAAUUAAAUAUGAAAAUUUAUAUCAAUUUCAAUCACCAAAUAAUCGUUGGUGGACAUUAUAUGAUACAAAAAAUUCAACAUAUAAAUUAGGUAUGUAUGAAUGGUGUAAUGCAUGGAAUGCUAAACCUUUACUUACAAUGCAACUUGGUAUGUUUCAACAUCCACUUGGAAAACAAAUUAAAUUUCAACGAUGGAAACAUGUUAUUGUUCAUGAGAAAAAUAAUAGUUAUACAUAUAAAUCUGUAUCAAAUGUUUCUAUAAAAUGUUAUUAUCCUUCAUCAAAUUCACUUUGUCAAACACAUCACUUAACAUUUCUAUUUGAUUUAACUGAAACUACAAAUACAAAUGAAUUUAAUGAAAUGAAAUUAUUAACAAAAACUUUAAUUUGGUUAUUAUAUAAUCAAACAAAUAUUUCACUUAGUUAUUAUAGUGAUAGAUUACAUAUAUUAAAUUCAUUUAAUGAUAAAACAUCAAUAAAAAGUCUUGAACAUUUAUAUGAUUUAAUUGAUACAAUUAAUAAAUAUAAUAAUAAUUUAAAACAAUUUUCUAUUCAAUGGCCUAAUAUUAUACAUAAUAUUGUUACAAAAAUUUAUAAACGUAGAUUUUUAUUACCAUCUAAUAUAAUUAAUUCAACAAAUCAAUAUCAUUCUAUAAUAAAUGAUUCAAUUGAUAAUGAAAUUUAUACUGAACCAUAUCCAUUAAUUUAUUUUGAUGAACAUGCAAUUAAAACUAUUCUUAAUAUAACAACAUAUUUAUAUAGAAAAAAACGUUCAAUUAAUAAUAUUUAUAAUAAAUUAAAUAAUAUACUUGUUAUAUUAACAUCACGUUCAAAAUAUCUUUAUGAUUAUAAACAACAAGAUAAACAAUUAGAAAAUUUUAUUUCAUCUGUACCAUUAAGAAUACUUAUUAUUGAUUUUAAUAAAAUAUCAAAUAAAUAUAUAGCUGAACAUAUUCAUUCAGCAUUUAUACAUUAUGCUAAAUAUGCAUUAGUAUCAUAUCCUAUAACAUAUAAUUAUAUUGAAACAUAUGAAAAAUUUCAUAAUAUUAUUAAUAAUAAUCAAUUAUUUAAUUAUUAUCAUCGAUUAUGUUAUCCACCUGAAGAUAUUUUAUUUAAAAAUAAUUUUACAACAAAUUUAAUUGAAAUAUAUGAUAAUUCAACAAUAGAUUGUUUACUUUUAACUUUAUUUAAUAAUGAAAAUAAUAAUUUAACAUUAAAUAAUAAAUUUGAUUAUACAUUUUAUCAAACAUCAGAUAAUUGUUUUUCUCAACCUGUUUAUCGUUCAUUAGGUGAUAGAAAUUUAUAUAUACAAAAAAUAUCAAAUGGUCAUUGGAUUAUUUUUCAUGUUGAUUCACUUUUACCAUCAAUAAUUAGUAUUCGACAAAAAUUUUCAUCAACAACAACAAGUACUUUAGAACCUGAAUUUUUCUAUGCUACUGAUUAUGCAAAUGGUCCAAUAAUUGAUGAUUAUAAUAAUGAAACAACAUUGAUUGAUUUACCUAUGAGUAUUCCACAUUGUUCUGAUACUCCUGGUAUAGAUAUAUUAUGGGAAAGUAUUGAUAAUGAAAUUCUUAAUGAUAAUUCCUUACAUAGUCCACAUCAAUGGAUAUCAAAAACAAAUAAAACAAAUUUAAUUUCACCAAUUUGUAAUAAAUAUAAAAUAUCAUGUCAUACAAUAAAAUUUGAUUUAUUAAUAAUUAUUGAUUCUCAAUAUGAAUAUUUAUCAUUAAUAAAAACAUUUCUUAAUAUAUUUUUUACAUUAAUUGAAUCAUAUUAUCAUCGUAUAAGUCUUAUUAUAUUAACAUCAUCAACAUUAAAUACAUUUCAAUAUCAUUUACCAUUAACAUUAUUUAAUACAAUUAAUAAUAGAAUAAUUGAAAAUUUUUUAUCAUAUAUUGAUGAAAAAAAUAUUUCAAUAAUAGAAUUAAAUCAACAUUUAGAACAUAUUAGUAAUUAUUUAAUAAAAAAUCAAGAAUUUAUAUUAAAUUUAUCUACACAACAAAUUAUAUUAACAAUACCAUCAAGAUUAAAUUUUAAUCAAACUCAUAUAAAAGAAAUAAUUCAACGUUAUUCAACUAUUCGAUAUAUGGUACUUGAUCCAUAUUUAAAAACUGAUGAUGAUGAUGAAUAUAAUAAUCAAGAACGAGAAAAUUUUCUUUUAUCAUUAACAUCAUCACCUUCAUAUAUAAAUUUAUUUUCAUCUUAUGCUGCUUAUAGAGAUUUAACAUUUCAUACUAUAUUUCGUUUAUUAGAAAGUUUAUGUGGAUAUAUUGAAUAA